AUUUAGGUCAGGAUAAAACACUGAACAGUCUCAUGACCAUUUCUAUUGGCCCGGUAUUUGUAGCGAUGUACGCUGGUGAUAUGUGGCACGUUGCGAAUGUCAGCUGGUGAUUCCACUGGCCACCCCAAAAGUGCCAUUGUGGCCCCUGCCAUUAAUCGAUGUCCCCUUUUAGAGAAUUGUAUGGACCUCGUCAGGCCAUUCGAAUGGAUUGCACAAGGGCAUCGAUUUGCAUUAGUUUUAGUAGAUUAUGCAAUGCAAUACCUGAAAGCCAUGCCUCUUUGCCCGUUCUCAGCAUGCUGUGGAGGCACUCUUCAAAAUAAUCUCCCAGGUCAGAAUCCCAAAAGAGAUUCUGAUUGAUCAGGGCGCCAUGUUUAUGUCAUGCACACUCCAAAAACUGUACGAAUUAUUAGGAAUUAAAUCAAUUCAUACCAGUGUUUACCAUACGCAAACUGAUGGUCUGGUCAAGAGGUUUAAUCAAACUCUCAAAAAUAUGAUUUGGAAGGUUGUGCACGAUGAUGCUCAGAAUUGGGAUAUGUGGCUUGUCAUCAGAGAAAAUUAGGAGAAUUCGGAUAAACAGGAGAAUUUUCUCCUGGGUUGCUCAGCUGCAGGAGUUUCUACAAUGAAAUAAUGUGCUUGUAUUAUUACCCACAUCAAGCUCUAAAUUACUCACAAAGUGGCAAGGGUCACACUGUGAGGUAAGGCAAACAAAUAAAGGCGGGGCCCUCAAAUAUACCACCUCGGUUUCCUCAAACCAUGGAGAGAGGUGGUCCCUGUGGUUUGGCAAAGGUGGUUCCCAAGAGGGAGGAGCUGGGACGGCAGGUCAAUCUGAAAAAUGUGGCUCAAUCAACUCUGGUCCCCUCUUGGUAUCCCAAAUCAUAGACUUUCCCAUUUCGCAAGCCAACAUCCAACAUGCACUUACCUCUACCUAGUCUUAUUAAUUUCAUAUAAUACCAAAUUGAGACACCCCCGGGGGUAAUUGUAUGCAGCCAACUAAGGGUGCUCCGAUUGAUCGGUCGCCGAUUAUAAUCGGCCGAUAAUCGCUUUGGGAAGUUUGAUCGGCGGUCUCUAUAAAAGCCGAUCCAGAGUGGCUGAUCAGAUGACGCAAAACUCGCGAGACAAAUUUUUACGCGCUGCUAAAAUGGCUUCACUGGUCUGGCAAUUCUACAAGGUGUUUGAAGAAGACACUACAUUAGCAAUCUGUAACGUGUGUACCAAGCAAAUCCCACGAGGCGGGAAGCACCCAAAACAUUUCAACACCACCAACCUUAUCAGACAUUUGAAGGUUAGUCACGUAAAAGAAUAUGAGCAGUUUUCAAAGUUGACUAGCGCUAAGAGAGAGCGGGACAGUUCAGCAACUCUAGCACCACUUACUCAGCUGUCGGUAACAGAGACGUUUCAACGACAGCAACCCUACUGCAAGGACAGUAAGAAGCAUAAACAAAUAUCACACAAAAUAAUGGAAUUCAUAUGCCUUGAUCAUCAGCCGCUGUCUAUUGUGGAAGACGAAGGGUUCCGGCGACGAAUGUCCUACUUGGAUUCACGUUACACUAUGCCAAGGCGUAAAUAUUUCACUGAUGUGUGCCUGCCGCAGUUAUACCAAACAGUGUUUACACAUGUCGACAGCCUUAUGAAGGACAACAUAACAUCAAUUAGUAUCACGAGUGACAUUUGGAGUGCGAGUGUAUGUCCCAUGUCCAUGUUGAGCCUCACUGCACAGUUUAUUAAUCAAAACUUCGAACUACAAAAAACUGUUCUUCAUUCUCAAGAGUUUUCAGGGUCACACACCGCGGAGGCUCUUGCUGCUGCAUUCAGCGACAUGUUCCUGCAUGGGGAAUCCUGAAGGAAAAAGUGCACGUUAUUCUAAGGGAUAAUGCAAAGAAUAUGGAAAAGGCCAUGAGGUACGCCAAUCUACCCAGCCUGCCGUGCAUGGCUGAUUCACUGCAGCUUGCUGUGGCCGAGGGAGUAAUGUCACAACGCAGCAUCGCUGAUCUAAUUGCCUCUGGAAGACGCAUCGUCGGUCAUUUCAAACACUCCCUGCUUGCCUACUCCCGACUUCAAAGUAUUCAGAAACAGCUGGGUCAGCCUAUCAAGAGACUACAGCAAGAUGUACCUACCAGGUGGAAAAGUACUGUAUACAUGCUGCAGAGUCUGCUGGAACAGAAACGUGCCCUAUGUGCUUAUGGAGCCGACUAUGACUUACCCUCCAUGUUCACCGGAAGCCAGUGGAAAUUAGUGGAAAAUAUGAUUUCGUUACUCGUCCCAUUUGAAGAGCUCACGCAACAGAUCAGCUCAUCAACUGCAUCGGCUGCAGAUGUUAUACCGUCCAUCAGAGCUUUAACUCGUCUUCUUGAGAAGACCGCAGAGACUGACCAUGGUGUAAAAACUUUGAAAGCCACAUUGUUGGAAGCGGUCCAGAAAAGAUUCCGUGACAUUGAAUCUGAGCGCCUGUAUAGCAUCGCUACAAUCCUCGAUCCGAGGCAUAAAGACAGAUAUUUCCCUCACGCACUCAAGCCCCAGAUACGUGGGCUGCUUUCUGAUGUCCUGGCCACUGGACUGGAGCAGCAGGAUGGUGAGGCCAGUUUGGCUGAAAGUGGGACUGAACCCCCAGAGAAAGUACCACGAACUGGCUCCUUGCAUGCUAUGUAUGCUGAGUUGUUGGAUGGAGAUCGGGAACAUGGUGGCAGUGACAUCAGCAGCUCAGUAUCAUUGCAGUUGAACCUCUACCUAUCAGAGCCAGUUAUCCCACAAAGUGGACAGCCACUUGUUUUUUGGCAGAACAAUAAAAGCCGCUUUCCAGCUCUCGCACAAGCAGCACGAACCUACCUCUGUGCCCCGUGCACAAGUGUUGAUAGCGAGCGACUUUUUAGCACAGCAGGAAAUAUUAUAGAUGAGAAGAGGAACAAGCUGUCAGCCAAAAAUGCGGAGAUGCUUAUAUUUAUAAAGAAAAAUCUGCCAUUGAUGCUUAAGAAGUAAGCUUUGGGUGAUAUUAAUCUACUAAUUUGUACCCAUCCUCUCUCUUUCUCUACCUCACUCUCCCUCUCUCUACCUCUCUAAAAGCCCACAAAAUCUGACUGAGCUUCCCAGAAAAAAAAACAACUACUCCAGAAUUUAUCAUUGAUUCAUGAUGCAAAAGCCAUUGUGAUAAUGCAGCUGUGGUUCUGUUAGUGUCAACUGAAUUUCUUCUUGACAUCCCAAGAGAUGUGAGGGCUGACUGACUUGAAACAAUAUUUUGGCUAUAGCCCUUUUUUUGUUGUAGUUUUUAGUCUAACGUUUAAACAGUCUAAAGCUAAAGACUCUGUACUGUCUUUAAUUUAAUUUUAUUUAUUUUUAUAUAUUCUACAGGAAGGUUGUAUUUGUCAAGCUCUAAGCUGUUCCCAAUUACUAACCAAGCACAGGCUGCAAUGUUUUGUUGAUAUGUUGCACAUGUUGCUUGCCAAUAAAUACACAGUUGUCAAAUCAUGAUACUAUCUCUUCUCUU